AUGAAGAUCUAUCAUCCUGUGCUCGCUGCUGCAAUACUAACAAUGACUCUGCCUUUGACUUCGGGCACUGCCGUCAUCAGGGAGAAUUCAAGUCUUCAAAAUUCCUUGACGGGUGGAGUGAACGACAACAAAUUGGACUUAAGUGCUAAAAUCUUGGACAUAGAACAUGAGGAAGUACACAACAACUCGCAAGUGGAAGACGAGGAAAAAACGGAUGAGACGGCAAAGACUGGGACAGCUGAGGACAACACAUUUCAGGACGGGCUGCUGGCAUCGACAGCGCCGUCGAGUGCCAAGAACAAUGCUUUGUCAGGUGAUGUAGCUAACGUAAAAAAAACCUGGAGAGGUGGCUUUGAUAGAGAAAAGGCGAGCGCUCAAACAGGAGAUUUCAAUUUACCAGCUGAAGAGUCAAUUGAAGAGGAAAUGGAUGAGCUUGAUAAAUCUCAGCCUAAAGAGGAAGAAAACGCUGUACAGACGGAAAAGAUUAUGAUAAGCAAGGAAGAGACGACCAAGGAUGUGAUGACGGCAAAGGAUGAGAACUUGACAGCAGCAGCGGAAUCCAGAACCGCUGUGUUCAACACAUCAUCAGCAAAUGCGGUCCAUACAUCAAGUCCCUUGAAUGACAUUGAAAUAAAAGAUGAUAGUAGCACUCAAGAGGGCGGAGCGAACUCUUCGGCCGAAAACUUGGAUGAAAAUCGUCAGGAUGAACACAACACUUCCCACGAUGAUGAGGGUAAAGAGUUUGACGGGACAGUAAAACAUGAGGAUUUGGAGGAAGAGACAGCAGAGAAAGAGGCAGCGAAGGAUGAGCACUCGGUGGCGACUACGUCGUCCAAGAUCGCAAUGGCUAACAACUCGUCGGUAAAUCAACCCUUAGUGGGCAAUGUAAAUGGGGACGAAGUGAACCCCCAGAAUUUGACUAGCACCAUGGCACCUCCAACAAUUGUCGAACCAAUCGAGGUAACGAAUGGAGCUGAAGAGAAGAAAGAAUCUGAGGAGACCAAUCAAGACAAGGAUGAGAUUGUACUGUCGAAUGCAGAAUCAGCUGCUGGUGAAGGCGAAAAUGAAGAGGAGAGUAACAAAGACGAAGAGUCAUUUGAAGAGAACGCUCAACCUCGUAACGAAGACGACAGUGAAGAAGACUCCAGUGAUGAAUGA